AUGAACUCUUUCAACGAUGAAGCGACAUCGAACAUAAACGUGGACAUAAACGCCCUCACAAGCUUGUCACAACCGCAAAGCUCGUGCGUAGAAUUUUCAAACACGGAAGCCGAUUCACCGGUUCUUCUUGAAAGUGCGUUUUAUUCACCCGGAGAUUUUUCAGAGACCGAAGAAGGCUCUAGAACACCAAAACCCUCCAUCGAAUGUGUUGUUUGCGGAGAUAAAUCCUCUGGGAAGCAUUACGGCGUUUUUACUUGCGAAGGCUGUAAAAGUUUUUUCAAGAGAAGCAUUCGACGGAAUCUCUCGUACACGUGUAGAGGAUACAAGAAUUGUCCAGUAGAUAUUCAACACAGGAAUCACUGCCAGUAUUGCAGACUCAAGAAGUGUAUGAAAGUUGGAAUGAGGAAAGAUGCUGUCCAGAAAGGUCGCAUCUCAACAACUCAAUCAGAUGUAAGCUGUCUACAAAUGGGCCUUGGUGACAUGCGCAAUCCUCAGUCCUUUUACUCAAAUUACAUCACUCUCUUACUUCGAGCCGACACCAUCGCGCGCUACCAGCAAUCCCUCGGGAUCUCCACAAAUAUUGCAGGAUUGGAAAGCGCGUCUGAGCUUGCCACGAGACUGCUGGUUUCCAUAACCGAAUGGGCAAAGAAUAUUCCCUUUUUCUCAGAGCUGACUCUUCCUGAUCAAUCCAUCUUGCUACGGUCGUGCUGGAGUGAACUGUUCAUAUUAAACGCUGCCCAGCACUGCUCGCCGUUUCACAUGGUGCAGCCGCUGACCAUUAGCGCGUUGACCUCUCCAUCGAACACGGAGAUGUUAACAGCAGGCAGUAAUGGACCACUCACAACUUUCGAUUCUGCAGAAAAUCUUAGAUUAUUCGAAGAACAGGUUGAAAAGCUUAAGAAUUUACACAUAGAUUCUGCUGAGUUUUGCUGUCUUAAAGCUAUUAUUCUUUUUAAUCCAGAUUCUCAAGGACUCUCUAACUGUACUCACGUGGAAGGCCUCCAAGAGCGUACCCAGUGUGCACUGGAAGAUUACAUUCGCACCCAGUACCCAAACCAACCAACGCGCUUCGGAAAACUUCUCCUGAGGCUACCCUCCUUACGCUUAAUUCGUCCUAGUACAGUGGAGGCAUUGUUCUUUCCUCCAAUCAAUUUGGCAAGUACACUGGAAAGUGCUUUGAAUGAGAUGUUGGUUAUUACCAGCGUCGUGACAAGUUCAUCCAACAACUGGGCUAAUGCUGGGUUUCCAAAUGGAAACAUGAAUUCCAUGAACACCAAUGGUACUACUGUGAUGUGAUUGGUGGCCUGUGGCAUAUCAACACGAGAGAUGUUUACAAUGCGUCGGUACAAAUACGGAAAAUUACCACACUGUGAUGCAAGAUUGAUUUAUGUAGAGGACGUGAGUAUUGAGAACUGUGCUGUGAGAUCCAAAAAGUUAGGGUUACAUCGGAGGUUCGUAUUUCACCGUGCAAGUGAAGAAUGGUUAUAGAGAAACCAUCUCUUGUAUUUUAAACUUAAGAAUAUCCAAGCUUAACAAUGACUGAAUAGCACUUUAUCCGAAAACCGUCUUCGGAGUAUGCAAAUCUGACGACAUUCAUAGAAAAUCCUAAUAUGUGAAA